AUGCCAAAUAUACGUUCGACCAAGUCUCAGUUGCAGAACCUUGACAUGUCGAAUGCGAAGAUGGUAAACAUGCUAAAUCGCAAUGAGCGGGUAGAACGGUCACAACUAAACCAAGAGCCAUUGAAGCUUCCACCCGAGAAGCAAUCCGGCCCAACGAAAACUACGAGGCAGAAUUCGCCUUCCAGUGGUUCUCUAGAGUUCUUAUUUCCCCUACCACCAUCAAAGUCAGCUAGUACUCUCCGUUCUCCCAGCCUCUCCCCUUACUCCUCUGCAGCCCCACCCACAUCCUCGUCCGCGGAAGACCUUCGAAGAAACGGCAAUGGCGAAUUUGCCGAAAUAUCAGCUCACACUAUCCGCCGUACCCAAUCCGCGGCCGACAUUCGAAAUCCUGCCCAAAUGAAGCCGCUGCCGGCUAGACCACUAGAAUGCAAAAAUAAACAACAAAGGGAAGCAGACAUAGCAAAGCAAAGGAGUUCUCGACCAACACGGCUACCAACAGGAAGUCCGCCAGCGAGUAUAAAGGGUAACCAAAAGCUCUCGCUAUUCGAAAGAUCAUCCUCAGUUCCCGCGGUUAGAAAAAGGCCGUCGACUGAAGAAAGUUCCGAGAGAAAAGAGCGACCGACUGUGAAGCCCCAGUCGACUACGAAUGAGGAUAGGAAUGAGGCUACCACAUCUAUAAAUCUGUUGAGUUUAGAUACUGGAAAACAAGAGAGUAGGAAGAGAUUCACAGCGGAACAGGUCCUAUGGCUGCAUCAAAACUACAGGGGCGAAGCUACAUUCCUAAAGGCAUGGGGUCUCCACGUUAGUAGGGACGCAGACAGGGAACAGGGACGUGAAAUCAUGGAAAUGCUUAUGGCCGCAGAGUCUAAGGAGAAAGAACAAUCAAGGCACCAAAAGCUUCAAAACCAGAUUGACAGGAUACAGCGUGAAACGUCGCCGGCCCUGGAGGCAGUGGAUAAGGGUGCUCUGGAUAUAAUUGACGAAUAA